CAGCACCUGCAUUGGGCACAACCACAUCAGCAACUGUUAGAGAAGAACCAGAAUCAACCACGACUACUCAAGCUAAGGUUUCGUCUACUGUAUUACAUUCUGUGGCAGUAGAUACAGCCCCAACAACAGUCCUUGAAGAGUCUGCUACUGCACCCAAAACUUCAACCUUGGUACCAGUGACAUCUCAAAUCACAACAGAACCCUCACCAGCCCAAAACGAAACUACAACAUUAAUGUCAGUGAAGCCAGUAACAGUGGCUCAUACCUUAGAAGUUUCCAACACUGCCAAAAGUGUGACACAAGAACCUAAAACACAUGCUGACAGUGAUUCUUCAUCAGCAGGAAUAAGUACAUUAAGAGAAUCUGGUACAACAGAAUCAACAUUUGCUCCAACUACAACAGCACGAAUAACAGAGGCAUCAUCACCUUUAACUGAAGCAAGAGAAGUAAAGACAACAACUGCAAGAACAUCCAGAUCUACAGAAUCAUCUGCAGAAGCCCAAAUAACAAGUGCAACCAUUGCACCAUCAGCAGGAGUGACAUCAGCAUUGCCAGCAACUGCAGCAGGGACAACCACAGCAGCAACUGUUAGCAAUGAACCGGAAACGAUCAGGAUAACUACAACAGAAGAUACAGUGACAACAACAGGCCUAGUAGAGUCUGCUACUACACUCAAAGCUUCAACCUUGGUACAGGUGACAUCAGCAUUGCCAGCAACUGCAUCGAGCACGACCACAGCAGCAACCGUUAGCAAUGAACCAGAAUCAACCAAGACUACACUAGCUCAAGUUUCAUCUACUGUGAUACAUUCUGUGGCAGUAGGUACAGUUACAACAACAACAUCAACAACAAGCUUAGUAAAGUCUGCUACUGCACCAAAAGCUUCAACCUUUGUACCAGUGACAUCAGCAUUGCCAGCAACUGCAUCAAGGAAAACAGCAGCAGGAACUGUUAGAAAUAAACCAGAAUCAACCAAGACUACACUAGCUAAGGGUUCAUCUACUGUAUUAAAUUCUACAACAGUAUAUACAACAACGUCGACAACAACAACAACAACACUAACGUCAGUAAAGCCAGUAACAGAGGCUCAUACCUCAUAUGUGUCCACUGUAGCACCAACAACAGAGGGCACAAAUACUGAUCCUCCUACCCUUGACGAGGGAAGCAUACAUUUAAGAUUCAGUCUAAAUGAAACUUUCAGUGAAAUAUAUAACAACCACUCAUCCCCUGAAUUCAUUGCAUUGGCAUCCCAUGUGGUAACUGUGAUAAACAGAAUUUACAGGGCAAGCAAUCUCAGAGGAUACAGGCGAUGCAGAGUCAACUCUUUCGUGAGGGGCUCCAUUAAAGUUGAUAUGACUCUUAUCUUUGAGAAUUCUUCUACAGUCCCAAGCUCAUUUGAGGUAGAGGAAAUUCUUAAUGGGACCGCUGUGAAUGGUACCAUACUUUUGGACAUCAUACUUGAUACUAUCAAAGCAGGGGAAGUAGUUACUUCUAGUACACCACCGCCUGCCACAAAUGCAACUUUUGAAUCUACCACCAUGAAAUCGAGUACCAAUGAGUACACAAACACCACGUCUAGUGCCUUUCCAUGGCUGGUACGCUGUUCACUAAUGACUAUAUCGCCAGCUAUUACUGAAUACUUACCCGAAGUCCCACUGAGAGAUGUUUCAGACAUCCUUGAGUCUCCAAACACUUUGAACCUCGUGGCUGCCAAUGGUAUUGAUAUGCCCUACAUUGGAUAUGUGGAAGUGACUUUCAGACUUGCGUCACCGACAUCUCACCAUACCGAACUUGUCAUUCCCAUACUCGUAGCUAGGGGUCAAAACCUCUCUCACCCUAUCAUAGGUUUCAAUGUGAUAGAACAAAUUGUGAAUUCCAUUGAACAAGCCCAGCCAAGUACUGUGAGUGACAAAACGCUUGAGAGAACUGAAAGCCGCAUUCCCCAGCCUAAAAAGAAGCAAAGUCCAGACGUUCAUCAAACUUAUCAAGGGAAGGCCUACCACCAGGGGUUCAUGUCUAAGGAAACCUUCCAGCGAUGUAUGGAGGAGUGUUUAGACGGCUUGCGGGAUGAGAUCUGCAUUCCAUACCUCGAUGACACCUUGGUGUUUAGUAAGACCUUUGAGAACCACGUCCAGGAUGUAAGGAAAGUGUUGCAGAGACUUAGGCAACAUGGCAUCAAACUUAAACCGAGUAAGUGUGAGUUCUUCAAACCUGAAGUCCGCUACCUGGGUAGAAUAGUCUCUGCUGAGGGAAGUAAAGUUGAUCCUGCAGAUACAGAAGCUGUCAGAUCCCUGAAAGACAAACAACCAAAGAAUGUGGAGUCUGAUGAGUAUCCAAAUGAGGUCCUGGAACAAGUUCCUGCUUCACUGUCAUCCAUGGAGAGCGACCAAGAACAAGAGAUCAACUUACCUGCUGAUGAACACCUUCCUGCUUCCACGCCGUCUGCUGAAAGUGACCAAGAAGGUCAAGAGGAGCAAACUUACCAGCUGCCUAGGAGAGAAAGACGCCCACCAAGAACACCGCCACAGCACUUACCUUAUGUGUCUGCUCAUGGACUGUCGACUUGGCUGCCGCCUGUUCAGCAAUACGGUUAUCAUUUGCCUUUUGUGUAUGGAGUCCACUAA